AAGGUGAACGAUUGUUAGUCAAUUAAUUAGAGGUAUUGCACAGUAAUCAUGUCACUCUGUGUACACCUUGCUCGUAGUAAACCCAUCCGUAUAUUAGGAAGUAUAGCUAUGAAAUGUUGGGCUUUCUGUGGAACCUACAUACUUGCCUGUUUUCUUUUAUACUGGUUAUAUGGUGGACUAUCAGCAUUUUUUCUUCUUUGUUUUGCUACCACAGGCAUAUUGUAUCAUAGAGAAGAUCAACUUGUGUAUCGUCCAGAAUGGCCAGCUAAUUCUCGGGUAUAUGUUCCUGCACCGUCAGUAUUUAGUUUACCUUACCAGAAUAUAUAUACUAGAUCAGGAGAUGGUACAACAUUGCACAUGUUCUUCAUUGCUCAACCGAAAGACAAAGCAAAACAGGUGCCUACAUUGUUGUUUCUUCAUGGCAAUGCUGGUAACAUAGGACAUAGGCUUCAAAAUGCAGUUGAACUAUAUCACGCUGUCCAAUGUAAUGUUUUAAUGCUAGAGUACAGAGGAUAUGGACUUUCACAAGGUUCGCCUUCUGAAGAAGGCUUGUAUAUGGAUGCUCGUGCAGGAAUUGAAUACUUGUCUAGCAGAACAGACAUAAAUACUAAUGAAAUAAUUGUAUUUGGGAGGUCAUUAGGUGGAGCAGUAGCUAUCAACUUAGCCACAAUACCAGAGAAUUCUCAAAAAAUUUGGUGCCUUAUUCUAGAGAAUACUUUCACGAGUAUUCCUGACAUGGCUGCGUUGCUUUUUGGAUUAAAGUUUUUACAAUACCUGCCACUUUUUCUAUACAAAAAUAAGUAUCUGUCCAUUCUUAAAGUACGGUCGGUAACGGUACCAACGUUAUUUAUUUCUGGACUAGCGGACACGUUAGUGCCGCCGCGUAUGAUGCAAGAUUUGUACAAGAAUUGCAGAAGUUCGUAUAAAAAAAUUCUUCCGGUCACGGGAGGUACACACAACGAGACGUGGUGUCAACCGGGAUACUAUCAGAACAUAUGUACAUUCUUGAGUGCGUUGAGGGAAAAUCCGCCUGCUAAGGUGCCAUCUACUCACUGGCAAAUAGAUGACAUAUAGCUAAAAAAAAGAGAAACUACAACGCUCAUUUUACGUCCAAAGCGAUCACUAUAUAUAUAUAUAUAUAUUUAAAAUAUUGUUCAAUAUUAGAUCUUUAAGUUUAGCAUAGUCGAACAUAUUCAACGAUUUUUAUCGUGAUCAUUCAUUUUCUUACGAAUAUAAUUUAACUCUUAAUUAACGGGGAUUAAUCUUCUAUUAAGGUAUCCUGCCUGAAUGAGCACUAGCCUCGCGAUAUUCAGAAAGGGUAUAGUAACGAGAAUCAUCGAAUUAUCCUAAUUUAGGUUUAGUGAAAAUAUUCAACUCAGCUAGAACACACGAAUCCUUCCAAUAAUUAGGCUGUUUCAUCGGUAUCAAUAUGAAGCGAUCAAAAUGUCAAUCUUAGUCUUAAUUUCACCAUCUGCAUCGAAUGUCGGCUGUUUUUAUACUUAAAUGAGUGCUAAUGUAUUUAUGUGUGGAAUUAGGAUUAUAUAUGUAUGUGUGCGCAUGUGUUUAUUUUAGAUUCUUGACGAAGUUAAAAUA